UCCACCGAAGCAUUGUGGGAAGGAAAGUGGAGCUGACACGGCCGCUGAUGGCAGACUGCUCAAUUUAGCAAAUUUCUUCGCCAAGUGAGCAGCCGAGAGAAGCAAAUAUUCCGGCUAACGAUGCUGCUCCGUGAAGCUAACGUCAAUGGGCUUUGAGGAGGGGGACCGUAUGCCGGUGUCAUCGCUGCUCUGCUGCACGGCCGCUCGAAGCACACAAGUGGGAUACCGUGUCAAUGGACCGCGGCGUUUUUAUUUUCUCCAAGGGAGGCGAAUAAAGUAGCGACGGAUUAUAUCCCCGCCGGUGGAUGGGUGGGGGGCGACUGCGCUCCCGCAUUCCUUAACGUUUAAAGUUUCGUGAGAUUUCUGUCGAAGACGCCGUCAAAGAUGUCGACGAGCAGUCCCGAAGCGGUGAAGAAAUUGCUGGAGAACAUGCAGACGGACCUGCGGUCUCUGUCUAUGGAGUGCAAGAAGAAAUUCCCUCCAGUCAAAGAGGCCGCAGAGUCUGGCAUCGUGAAGAUUAAGACCAUUGCAGCCAGGAAUACAGACAUACUGGCAGCACUGAAGGAGAACAGCUCAGAGGUUGUGCAGCCUUUUCUGAUGGGCUGUGGCACCAAAGAGCCAAAGAUCACUCAGCUGUGUCUGGCUGCCAUCCAAAGACUCAUGUCCCAUGAGGUGGUAUCUGAGGCGGCGGCGGGGAACAUCAUCAACAUGUUGUGGCAGCUGAUGGAAAAUGGUUUGGAGGAGUUGAAACUUCUACAGACGGUCCUGGUCCUGCUAACGACCAACACAGUUGUACACGAUGAAGUACUUUCAAAGGCUAUUGUCCUGUGUUUCCGCCUCCACUUCACCAAGGACAACAUCACCAACAACACAGCAGCUGCCACCGUCAGACAGGUCGUCACUGUGGUGUUUGAGAGGAUGGUGGCUGAGGAUGAGCGUUUUAAAGGCAUUGUGGAGCAGCCUCCUCCUGUCCAGGGAAACACCAACCGGAGGUCCGUUAGUACUCUGAGACCCAGCGCGAAGGAUGCAUACAUGCUGUUCCAGGACUUGUGCCAGCUGGUGAAUGCUGAUGCCCCCUACUGGCUGGUGGGGAUGACAGAGAUGACCCGGACAUUUGGCCUGGAGCUGCUAGAAUCUGUUCUGAAUGAUUUCCCUGGUGUUUUCCUUCAGCACCAGGAGUUCAGUUUCCUGCUGAAGGAAAGAGUGUGUCCCCUUGUCAUCAAGCUUUUCUCCCCCAACAUCAAGUUCCGGCAGGGCAGCAGCAGCGCCGCCUCACCUGCCCCUGUGGAGAAACCUUACUUUCCCAUCUGCAUGAGGUUGCUGCGGGUGGUCUCAGUCCUCAUCAAGCACUUCUACAGCUUACUGGUGACUGAAUGUGAGAUCUUCUUGUCUCUGCUGGUGAAGUUUUUGGAUGGGGAGAAGCCGCAGUGGCUGAGAGCAGUGGCUGUAGAAUCUGUCCAUAGGCUAUGUGUGCAGCCUCAUUUAUUACGUUCUUUCUGCCAGUCAUACGACAUGAAACAGCACUCCACUAAGGUAUUCAGAGACAUUGUCAAUGCCCUGGGAUCCUUCAUCCAGUCUCUCUUCAUUGUCCCCAAUGUGGGCAACGCUGCUGCUGUCAGCGCACCUGCAGGUGGGUCAGGUUUGGGGGCUCAGGGCACAGCACAAGGCGGCCCAGGGACAGGAGGAGUCAGCGGCACUCUGACCACCCAGGCAGCGUUUGAAUACCGUGGAACCUGGAUCCCUCUUAUGACUGUCAGUGUUCAGGGCAGCGCCAAGGCGACAUAUUUAGAGAUGCUGGACAAGGUUGAGCCCCCAUCCAUCCCAGAGGGCUAUGCCAUGUCGGUGGCCUUCAGUGCUCUGCUUGACCUGGUGAGAGGCAUCACCUCGAUGAUUGAAAGAGAAUUGGCCGUGGAGGAGGAGGCAGCAGCUGAAUUCAGGGAGGCGCACCCUGACCAGGAGUGGAAGCCACAGCCUGGAGCCCACCUGGUGUGGGAGGAGAUGGUCAGUGCCUGCUGGUGUGGUCUCCUGGCUGCUCUGUCUCUGCUGCUGGAUGCCAGCACUGAUGAAACGGCCACAGAGAACAUCCUGAAAGCGGAGCUGACCAUGGCCUCGCUGUGUGGACGUCUAGGCCUGGUGACACCUCGUGAUGCCUUCAUCACGGCUAUUUGCAAGGCCUCUCUGCCACCACACUACGCCCUGACUGUUCUCAGCAGCAACACCGCCAACCUCUCCAGCAAAGCCUACUCGAUCCAGGGCCAGAGUGUGCAGAUUAUCAGCCCUUCCAGUGAAUCCCAUCAGCAGGUGGUGGCUGUGGGGCAGCCACUCACCGCCCAGCCCCAGGGCACUGUGGUGCUGACUGCCAAGAACAUCCAGUGUAUGCGAACCCUGUUGAACCUGGCACAUUGCCACGGGGCAGUUCUGGGCACCUCCUGGCAGCUGGUACUGGCUACACUUCAGCACUUAGUGUGGAUCCUGGGGCUUAAGCCAGGGGUGGGUGGUGCCCUGAAGCCUGGUCGAGCAGUGGAGGGACCCAGUACAGUGCUGACCACAGCAGUGAUGACAGACCUGCCCGUCAUCUCCAACAUCCUGUCCAGAUUAUUUGAGAGCUCCCAGUACCUGGAUGAUGUGUCCCUGCAUCACCUGAUCAAUGCUCUCUGUUCGCUCUCUCUGGAAGCCAUGGAAAUGGCUUAUGGAAAUAACAAGGAACCGUCUCUAUUUGCGGUUGCCAAGCUGCUGGAAACUGGCCUAGUGAACAUGGAUCGUAUUGAGAUCCUGUGGAGACCCCUGACAGGUCAUUUAUUGGAGGUGUGCCAGCACCCAAACUCCAGAAUGAGAGAGUGGGGGGCUGAGGCUUUGACAGCGCUUAUAAAAGCAGGGCUUGCCUACAAACAUGACCCUCCACUAGCUCAAAAUCAGCGGCUGCAGCUUCUGUUGCUGAACCCCCUGAAGGAGUUGUCCAACGUACUGCAUGCAGACAUUCGGCAGAAACAGCUGGAGUGUGUGCUGCAGAUCCUACAGAGCCAGGGUGACAGCCUGGGGCCUGGCUGGCCCCUUGUUUUGGGUGUUAUAGGAGCCAUCCGCAAUGAUCAAGGUGAGUCAUUGAUCCGAACAGCCUUCCAGUGCCUGCAGUUGGUGGUGACAGACUUCCUACCCACCAUGCCUUGCACGUGCCUCCAGAUCGUAGUGGAUGUAGCCGGCAGCUUUGGCCUGCAGAACCAGGAGCUAAACAUCAGCCUCACAUCCAUUGGCUUACUGUGGAACAUUUCGGACUACUUCUUCCAAAGGGGUGAAGCCAUCACACAGGAGCUUGAGAGGGAGGAGGAGGCACUACAGAAGCAGGCUCAGGAGAGAGGAGAGACCCUCAACAGGCCAUUCCACCCCGCCCCUCCCUUUGACUGCCUGUGGCUGUGCCUGUACGCCAAGCUGGGAGAGCUGUGUGUCGACCCGCGGCCUGCUGUGCGUAAAAGCGCUGGGCAAACAUUGUUCUCCACCAUCGCCGCCCACGGAACCCUGCUGCAGCAGCCAACAUGGCAUAUUGUGGUCUGGAAGGUACUGUUCCAGUUGCUAGAUUGUGUGAGGACAUCAUCCACCACAGCAGACAAAGAGAAGAUUGAAUCUGGUGGUGGGAACAUCCUUAUCCACCACUCACGCGAUACUGCUGAAAAACAGUGGGCAGAGACGUGGGUGCUGACGCUAGCAGGGGUGGCACGAAUUUUUAACACAAGACGGUAUCUCCUUCAGCAAUUGGGGGAUUUCUUCGAGGCCUGGGAGGUGCUGCUGAACCACAUUCAGUCGGCUGCUCUGAGCAAAAACAACGAGGUCUCCCUGGCUGCCCUCAAGAGCUUUCAAGAGAUCCUACAGAUUGUUACACCUGUUAAAGACUCAGACAAAGCAGGUGACGCACUCGCCGCCAUGGGCGUCCCCCCUGUGCUCAUCGACCCCCUGUCAGCAUCAGGCCCUGGGAGACCCCUGGUGCGUUCGGAUUCGCUAGUCGAACGGUUGACGCGGUACAACGGUGCUGAGCUGCAGGCACCUCCACCAGGGGAGGAGUCGGCAUUAGAGGACUCGGCUUUGUGGUGGUCUGCGUGGAACACGUGGUAUCGAACAGGAACGGACAGCACAAGGCCGCCCAGUGGCCCGACGGAGAAGCUGUCCUUCAUACCUAGCCAGCCCUUCCUCACAGCAUUGAUCCAGAUUUUCCCAGCACUCUACCAGCACAUCAAAGCCAACUUUAGUAUGGAGGAUCUGAAAAAGCUAGGGGUCAUCCUCCAUGGGGCUGUGUCUGUGCCUAUCAGCAGUGAUGCCUCGCCCUUCAUCCUCCCCUCCUACACUGAGGCAGUACUCACCAGCCUGCAGGAAGCUGUGCUCACUGCGCUGGAUGUUUUGCAGAAGGCCAUCUGUGUGGGCCCGGAGAACCUGCAGGUCAUGUACCCAGCCAUCUUUGAACAGCUGCUACUUUUCGUGGAGUUCUCCUGCAAGCCUCCUCAGUACGGCAGGAUGGAAACCAAACACGUGGCCAAUGCCAAAUACAACCAGAUCCAGCUGUUUGCACCGGCCGAAUGGGUUGCCUUAAACUAUGUGCCCUUUGCUGAGCGCUCCUUGGAGGUGGUGGUGGACUUGUACCAUAAAACAGCCUGUCACAAAGCUGUCAUCAAUGAGAAAGUUCUGCAGAAUAUCAUCAAGACUUUAAGAAUGCCCUUAGGUCUGAAGUAUGCCUGUCCAUCGGAGAGCACCUGGAAGCUCGCGGUUUCAUCUCUACUCAAGGUGCUGUCUAUCGGACUGCCGGUGGCAAGGCAGCAUGCCUCGUCUGGGAAGUUUGACACUAUGUGGCCAGAGUUAGCCAAUGCCUUUGAAGAUUUUCUCUUUACCAAAAGCACUCCUCCAGAUAACCUGUCCAUCCAGGAAUUUCAGAAGAAUGAAGCCAUUGAUGUGGAGGUGGUCCAGUUGAUCAGCACAGAAAUUUUACCGUUUGCCAAUUUCAUCCCCAAAGAUUUUGUUGGGCAGAUCAUGACUAUGCUCAAUAAAGGCUCCAUUCACUCACAGUCUCCCUCGUUCACAGAGGCAGAGAUAGAUGUGCGGAUGAGAGAGGACUUUUCUAAGGUGUGUUUUGAGACAUUGCUGCAGUUUUCCUUCAGCAACAAGGUGUCCACCCCGCAGGAGGGCUACAUCUCUCGUAUGGCGCUCUCUGUGCUCCUCAAGAGGUCCCAGGAUGUUCUCCGACGCUACGUGGAGGAUGAGAGAUUGAGUGGACGAUGCCCCCUGCCCAGGCAACAAGUGACAGAGAUUAUCUUUGUCUUGAAAGCUAUCAGCACUUUGAUGGAUUCGCUUAAAAAGACACAACCAGAAAAUGUGGAUGGCAACACAUGGGCUCAGGUGAUUGCCCUGUACCCCACGCUGGUAGAGUGCAUUACAUGCUCAUCGUCUGAGGUGAGCUCAGCCCUGAAGGAGGCCCUGGGGCCCUUUAAAGACUUUAUGCAGCCACCUGUCUCCAAAGUCCAGAAUGGAGAGUCCUGACCAGGCUCACUCUCGGCUCCUUGUUUUUAUAAUGAAGAAAUCUUGAAUGUGUCUUCUCCACCCGAGUGCUUCGCAAGCGCACGGACAUGAACUCCACAUGAGCCUCAUCUAUGGUAACAUGAAGCAACCAACGGCGAACAGAGAUUCAAGGCCGCCUCAGACCACGCUGAUGACCCCGACCGUCAUACGCAUCAUCGUAUGCUUCUCAUGUGAGCUGAUAACGCAUUAGCCCCUUUCCAUUCUCAUACAGACUGGCUGCACUCGCCUGUUAACUACAGAGAUUUAAAAAAAAGUAAUUGCAGUGUUGCCUCUGGGUUUAGUUUGUUUCAUUCUUCCUGAAGAGGCUGCGUCGAUGUACAGUGUGUGGUGAUAGUGUUGAUGAUGUAAUUAAGAAAAAAAAGCAAAAACUGGGGCUUUAUUGAUCUUAAAAAUGAACACUUACUUUUGCAACAUUUUCAACAGUGAGGAUUUUAUGCAAGAAAACAAAUCUUACUGUAACAUUCCAUGUCAUCUUUAGCCAGCCAUCUGAGAAGGGAUGUAUGUGUCUGUAUAAAAUAAAUGGGACAGUUCUACAAUCA